AUGGCUGGCGUGCACGUGCGUGUGGCUGUGCUGCUGCUGUGCAGCUUUCGUGGCUUGGCCCAGCCAAGCGCCUCGGGAGCGCCUGCAGCCAAAAGCACUGCGCAACAGUCCGACUGGCGGCAUGAUCUGUCCCCAGAGCUCAAAGAUCAGCUGCGCCAUCGCCUGGCUGACCUGAGGAACAAGACGGAUCAUGCCCUCCACAUCAUGUCUGAGAGCGGAAACAGCGAGCUUAGAGGACUGGAGCAUGCGCAUACCGCUGCAGAGUCAAGAGUCGAGCAGAAGUUCCGCAAACAGGACGAGCACAAUAUGCGGAAACAGGCAGGCGCAGAGGAGGCCCUACAUGAGAAGCUGCAGAAGCUGAAGGAUGCCUCGGAGAAGAAGCAGGAGAAACUGGAGCAGGCAGAGCAAGAAAGGCUCGAGAAGCUCAAGAAGGAGUACAAUGGAGAGGAGGAGAGAGUCCUGGAUAAGUUCCAGCAUGAGGCAGAAAAAGCUUGGAUCAAUCAAUUCCAGCAGCCACCGGAGGCCACUUCUAUGCUGACGGAGAUGCAUGCGGCAGUCAACAUGACCCAGGCGGCGGCUGUGAAUGGGUCAAACGACUGGUGGAAGGUCCUGUCCGCUGAUGAAGAAAAGAAGCUCAAGGAGAGCCUCGAGGAUUUGAAGGAAAGCUUGCAAGAGCACGAGGAGGUCGUCGAAAACAAGACGCAGAAAAAGCUUGAAGCAGUGCAGGAUGAGUUUUCCCGCAAAGAGAAAAAGGCUGUGGAUAAGCUCACCCGAAAGAUCGAGAAGAUGCAACGGAAGGAAAUCAAAGCCAAGGAGAAACUGCAGCAAGUCCUUGAGAAGCUACAGACAAAGUCGAAGUCUACUCAGAAAAAGCUGGAAGAAGUUGGCCCAGAGAUCGUGCAAAGGCUCAAGGACGAGUACGAGGAGAAGAAGGAGGGAUUGGAAGCGGAGUUCAAGGAGAAAGCUGAAAAGUUGAAGAAGGAACAGGAGCAAAAGGAGGAGGAGAAAGCUGAAAAGUUGAAGAAGGAACAGGAGCAAAAGGAGGAGGAGAUGGCCAAAGAGAACGCGACGAAAGCAGCCAAUGCUGCCAACAGCACGCAGGAGGCGCAGAGUUCUCAGCUUGCAAGCGAAGAGCCAAAAGCGACGCAGCGGAACCAUGGCUUUGAGUUGGGUGUCAUCAUGCUGGCUGCAACUGCUCUGGUUCGAUCCUCCGACUUCGAUAGCUACGAUGGCCCGCCGCCACCAGAUGAGGUUGCAGAAGCAUAUGCUUUGUUGAACCUUCCACUGAGCGCGCUGCGGGAUGACGUGCAACGCCGGAGUCGAGCCCUUGCUCGCGAACGGCACCCUGACAAGGCACCACCAGACCAGCGGGUUAGAGCAACCCGCCUCUUCCGCCAGCUUCAGGAUGCCAAGGCCAAGAUUCUAUCUUGGUUGCGACAGAGAAGCGUUCCACAGUUGGAAGAGUCGGAUGACUCUCCAUGCUUAGACAGUGCAGAUGAAGGUGAGGAGGAUUUUUGCAGGCCCCCCGAAGUGGUAUUUGGAGAGGCUGGAGAUGUCCUGGCAGAUUUUGAGCAAGACGGCUCAGGAAGUGAGCUUGAAAAGGAGGACCAGAAGGCAGCUUGUGUCUACAGAGGGCGAGGGGACUCACCGGACACAUUUUCCAGCAGUGAGGAAAGCGGCGAAGAAAAGGCAGAAACUGCUUUGGCGCUGCGGAGCAGGGGCAUCAUUCGCACAGAGGACUCUGCGCUGGUGCAGGCCACAGCGUGCGAACCUAAGCAAGGAAUCAUGGCCUCAUCCGAGAUGGCACCUUUAUUAACGGCACACGCUUGA